CAACCACUUCCUUUGGCCGGCGUUUUGGGAAAGAAGCCACGUCGUUGUCUUUACUGCUAGAAAGAAAUCAUGGCACCACGAAGAAAUAAAUCGAAAAAUCCUCCGAUUUUCAGCCAUGAAUUUGUUAUUCAGAAUCAUGCAGAUAUUGUAUCAUGCGUUGCAAUGGUGUUUGUGAUCGGUUUGAUGUUUCAGGUUACAAGCCCAGUUGCUACCUUAUUUGUGACUAUGCAGCACAAUGUUACUCUAAAUGAAUCACACAUUGAUUAUGACCCAGAAAUUGGUUACUAUAGUUAUGGGAGAAAAGAUAUUUUUGCUGUUUUCUUCUAUACUUUGAUUGGUAUUGUGGUACAUGCUGUGUUACAAGAAUAUGUACUUGAUAAAUUCAAUCGUCGUAUGCAUCUAUCUAAAGUAAAACACAGUAAAUUUAAUGAAUCUGGUCAACUACUGGCGUUCUAUUUUGCAUCUGCUGCUUGGGGUGUUGACAUCAUUGUUCGAGAAGGAUAUUUGAUGGGAAUCAGUAGAUUAUGGGAUAAUUAUCCCCAUUGUAACUUUCCGUUUGUGGUUAAGUUUUACUUCAUUAUUCAAAUAGCCUACUGGAUCCACACAUUCCCUGAACUUUACUUUCAAAAAAUCAAAAAGGAUGAGAUGAGUUCCCGUAUACAAUAUGCUGUUUUAUAUCUAGUUUUUAUCACCAGUGCUUAUAUGCUAAAUUUUAACCGUGUAGCCCUAUGUAUGUUAGUUUUACACUAUACAGUAGAGUUUGUAUAUCACGUUGCUAGAUUGAUGUAUUUUGCUGAAAAAGUAGAUCUUGCAAACACAGGUUUUAUGGCGUUUAAUGUUUUAUUUGUGCUAGUACGACUAGGAACCAUAACUCUGGCUGUCCUAACUUUCUGGUAUGGAUUAGAACAGAGUAACAAAUCUAUGUUUGAUUUUGCUGCUGGAAAUUUUAACACACAAAUUAUCAGAAUAAACUGUUUGACAGCUAUUUGUUUUCUACAAGCCUGGUUAAUGUGGACUUUCAUCACAUUUCAUUUACGUAAAUUACGAGAAAGAAGUGCUGUGGCUACAUCUAAGAAAACAAGAUCACCCAGUAAGAAGAGAACAAAAGUUCAAGAAGAAGAUAUUAGUUCUCUACCUGAAGCUGACCAAAACGGCGCUUCAGAAAAUGGUAACGUUAAACAAAGAAAAGGCAAAAAGGUUUAAAUCAGCCGGACUGUUAUGUUACGACAUUGGUGAUUGGUGGAUUCAUUUUUCGAUCGUUUAUUUCAUUCAGUCAUAUAAUAAGUUUCUUUCUCUGUUGUCCAUUGUUACGUAAAUAGUUUUUUUGUUAUCCUCUGUUGUUUGAAUAGGUGUAUUCAAAACCACUAUUAUUAACCCUUGGGAGUUUCAGUGUCAGCUUCCUGAAAGGGUGAUAGUGUAGAAAAACAAUUUGAUCAUUUGUGUAGAUGACAUGCUUUUGUAAGCUUUUUUAAACCUAUUAACAGUUGCUAUGGUAAUACAAAAUGGCAACUGUAUAAAUUGGAUUUAUCACCUCUCUUUAUGGAUAGGAUCCAUAAGUGGUCACCCAGGGGAGAAUGAUGAUCAGAUUUCCAUACAUUAGAGGAAAUCGGGUUUUGACCUCAGUCCUAGCACACUUAGGGUGCUCGUGGAAUGUGCCAUUUGUUUUGACAGAACCUCUAGAUGUAAACCCCCAGUAGUACAAAGUGAUACUAGAUUGGAACUAUUUUAAUACUGGUGGUUUUGAAUACACACAUGGGCAUGGUUAUUUUGAUUGUUUGAAAAAAUUCUAUAAAGGGCAUAAUGUGUAGCGAACAGCAGAUGAUUUCUAAAUUUUAAACUUAUGUUGUUUUAAGUGCAUAAGAAAUUGUCACUAAAAAUCAGAAUCAAAAAUGAUACUGUGUGCAUUGGACAUAAGCUCUUCAUCAGUGUUGACCUGCCUAUGCCUUUCUAUUUUCAAAACAAAAUUCUUAAACUGGAGUUCAGUUUCAAAAAAAAAAGUUUGUUUACGCUACUUGACUAUUUCAAGGUUUGUAAUAACUUAUUGUCUUGUGAAUGUACCGGUAUGUAAAUUUUUUAUGGAUUAUUAUUUUUGUUAGGGUCAACAAGUACAUGUAUGAUGCCUCAUUUAAAAUAUCAUUAAAAUAAAACACAUUAUUUUUUUGAGUGUAAAUAUUAAGAAAAUUUUAUUUUUCAUAUUAAAUUUCUGUAUUUAUUGAAUUUCAUACACAUUUUAUUGAUCGCUUUGUAAAAACACCAAUGCAAGCAUUUAACACAAGCACAUUGUUUAAACUUUUAAGUUUAAUGAAUUGUUUGUUUUAGAACACUUCAACGAGAAAAAUCAUUUUCAACUCAUUUCAGAUGUUAUAUUUGUACAUUCUGAUGUUGAUAUUACAGUAUGUAAAUUAGUUUUAUAUUUAGUUUUGCUUACAGUAAAUCUUGCUGUGAAAUUGAUACAUAAUGUGAACACUAGCACUUUUGAUGUUAAAGAUAGGCUUAGAAAUAGUACCUUUGCCAUUAUAGACUGACUUAAAAAAAAAAAAGGAUUAAUUGUCUCUGACAAGAUUUAGUAAACCUCUCUUUGAAACAAAUGGGACCUUUAUAUAUGCAAAUGCAGGUAAAAAAAAAAACACCCUCCAUUUACAUUUCUUGUAAAUGGAGAUAAAACCACAAAAUGAAAUGGGUUCACUAGUCCGUCACUAUAAAAAAUACCAUGAAUAUGGGUAUAAAAAAAAACAGCAGGUAUUUUGGCUUAUUGGUAUCAUGUUGUGAUGUCAUAGAGCGACAACCCGAUAUCACGAAAUUUUAACCCGACAAUACGACAUUUAAACCCGACACCACGACAUUAAAAAUGUUGUAAUGUCAGGUAAAAAAGUUGUAUUGUCCGGUUAGCGUAUGCCUAUCUUGAAUAGUCCGAUUGGCACAGAAAAGUAGGAAAAGUAAAUGAAAUGAAAUGGGGUUUAACAUCCUACUGUUCUGUUCCGAGUGGGCUAAUGAAGACAGGCAUGCCCUAUACAGUGUACUGUGAGGGAAACUUUGCCUGGAUAGCGGCAUUACCAGCCUACUCUUAUAUUGAAUUCAAUCAAUUCUUGGAAAAAUAGUUUACAUACCAUUGUCAUUGUGGGUGCCAUGCGUACAUACCAUUGUCGGGGUUGGUGUAUUACAUUUCAUUGUCCGGCGGGUUGAUGCUUUACAUUUCAUUGUCAGUGAGUGUGUCAGUAUUAUUGUCAGAGUUCAUUACGGGUGUGUAUUUACAUGUGAUCAUCAAUCGCAAAAAUGGCAAUAAUAGAUAUUGGUGGACUAGUGAGCAUUCUCCCAACAAAACAAACUAAUCUCAAACCCUGUUUUCUAUUUGCAUGAUAUAUUUAACUGUUUAUAUUGCCUAGUCAUAAUAAUUUAUUGCCUUUCAACUCCAACAGGCAACUGAUGAUGUAAAAAGUAUUUGUGUAUUAUGUCACUGAAAUAUGUGUUUUUAAAAAGAUGUCAUUGGUAAUGGUGUUCUUCAUAUUCAUACAUAUUUCAAUAUCACACUUUUGAAAAUCAAACUAAGUUAGUUUAGUUUUUUUUUUGUCUUGUAUUAAAAAAAAAGAAAUUUCAA